UAUCUGAUAUCCGAAAAUAUUUCCUUUAGUUUCAAACUGUAUCUAUUAUUCUGAAACAAGUAUCCACUCGAGUCACCGGAUUACUACACACGCCCUCCCUCCCCAGACUUCUGCCCGACGUCCCUGCGCGCGACACUUUCCGACGCUUUUUCAAAGGUUCUGUCAAAAUCAAAAGGCGGAUAAAAAAUCCAUAAAAAUGGCGGAUUUCCAUACAUCUACUCAAAGAGCCAAGUGGAUUUUCACUGAACAAGAACUGAAUGAGAAAUACAAAGCUGCUAAUCAAAGAGCUAUACAAUCAUUAGAGAAGUAUGGUACAACAAGUUUGGCAAUUGAUGCUGAUGGGUCUUUUUCACAUCCUAAAAGCCAAAAGGAUACAGAAGGUAAUGGUAUUAAGCAGUCUCGUGUGAAGCCCCUUAAGGUGGAAGAGGAAAAAGUGUUACAUGUGUAUUAUGAAAACAAGAUUCAAGAAGUAUGUGGAGCCUUCAAAUUUCCACAUAAAAUCCAGGCUACUGCACUUACGUACUAUAAGAGGUUCUAUCUCUGCUGGUCAGUCAUGGAACACCAUCCGAAAUCUGUUAUGUUAACCUGUAUAUAUUUAGCUUGUAAGAUAGAGGAGAAUCAUGUUUCGGCUGAGGAGCUUGGAAAGGGUAUCCAGCAGGAUCACCGAAUGAUUCUAGAUAAUGAGAUGCUAGUCCUCCAGAGUUUGGGAUUUGAUCUUAUUGUAUAUACACCGUACCGGUCGAUUGAAGGGUUUAUUAAUGAUAUGGAGGAUUUUUGCUACGCGACAAGUGGCGAAAUUGACAUGUUGCCGGAAUUACAUCAAAGAGCUGUCUUUGAAGCUGAUAAAGCAGUCCUUACAGAUGCACCACUUUUAUUUCCUCCAGGCCAGUUGGCAUUAGCUGUACUCCGUAGAGCAAAUUCUGAGCUCUUAGUUCUUGAUUUUGAGAGAUAUCUACAAAGCAUUCUCUCACGCCAACAAUCUGAACACACUAUUUCAGAGCUGGACCAGGGUCUCAAUGCUAUAGAAUUUCUGAUAAAGAGAAUUAAAAUGAGUGAUAAUGAGGAGAUGAAGCGUGUUGCUAAGAAGCUGAAAUCUUGUCAAGAUUCUGGAUCUCGUGACGACAGUAAGAAGAGGGACAAGAAGUCAAAACACAAGUCUAAAAGAAAUCCACAAGAAAUUCAGACGCCUCAAUCCGCUGCUGCAGAGUAAGGUAAUAUAUACUACAAUGAAUCAUUUUGACUGCGUGAUCUUGUUAUAGACGUGUUGGGUUGAUACGAACACACACACGCAUCCAUCUUAAACGAUAUACUAAUACUGUGGCAUCACCACAUUGUCCACAUCAGGUAAUCUGAAAUCUGAAAUCAACAGCUUAUCACUUGCUGUUUGUUGGUGGAACUGGAGUAAUCCGAGUGUAGUGUCCGUAUUACCAUCUUAUGUAUCUCCUUUCUGACCUUAAUCUAUUGGCAUAAGUUACUACUACUUCACCAUUUUUGCCUUUGUUUCAACUCAAGUGUCCAUCUGUUUACUCCCCUUUUCAUCAAACAAACAUAUUGCCAUACAUUUUUUCCCGUUCGCGCCAAUUCUAAAUCAAUUUGUAUUUUGUUUGCAAAAUUGAUCAAUCAUUUGGGAGUUUAUAUUUCUUGAAACAUUCUCCGUUCUUA